UGUACAUAGUUUCAAACCACUGCUGGGUAGACAUUCUGAAAAAAAGUGUUCGUAGCUACUGUCUAAUUCGUUUAAUUGCUAAACAACUUCAAACGUAUUGCAAUUUUAAAAUAUGUAGAAUUUAUUAAUAAGUAGCUGCAUGCCAUGAAAAUAUAAUUUUUGAUGUUACAUGCACAAAACUAAGCACUCAUUUCGUCAAGUUCAAACUGUCAUGUCGGCUAUGUUAAAGGAUAAGGGACAACUUUUGUUUGAGGAUAAAUGGCCAGCCAUGAGGCCUAUCAUCCUUAAAUUAUUGCAGCAGGAGCCAGUAACGCAGACUGAAUGGCAAGAACUCUUUUAUUCUGUACAUUUGGUGUGCCUGUGGGAUGAGAAGGGACCACCAAAGGUUAAAGAUUCGCUGAAGGAUGACAUAAUGGAUUUUAUCAAAAAAGCUCAACAGCGAGUACUGUCACAUCAGGAGGAUCAAGCACUUCUUAAGGCUUAUAUUGCAGAAUGGAGGAAGUUCUUCACACAGUGUAACUACUUACCAACUCCCUUCAGACAGCUGGAAACAUCUCUCGCAGGAAAGACCAUCUCUGUUCAAAAGAAAGCUCAAAACGAUGAAAGUAUAGUAAGAAAGUUGAUGUUGGACAGCUGGAAUCAAAGCAUAUUUUGUGACAUUAAACAGCGAUUGCAGGACUCCGCCAUGAAGUUGGUGCAUGCAGAGAGGAAUGGAGAAGCAUUUGAUUCACAGUUGGUUAUUGGAGUCAGGGAAUCUUAUGUAAAUCUGUGUUCAAACCCUGAAGAUAAGCUUCAGAUCUACCGUGAAAAUUUUGAGAAAGCUUAUAUGGAAGCAACGGAAGCAUUCUAUAAAAUGAAAGCACCUCAGUAUCUUCAAACAAAUGGUGUUCAGAAUUACAUGAAAUAUGCUGAUGCCAAACUUAGGGAAGAAGAGCAGCGUGCACAGAAGUACCUUGAAUCAUGUAGUGGGUCAGUGCAAGUUCUUACAGAAUGCUGUGUUAAUGUUCUAGUAUCAACAUUUAAGUCCACAAUUCUUGCUGAAUGUGCUGGUAUGAUUAAAGGAAAUGAAACAGAGAGACUCCAUUUAAUGUUUAAGUUAAUGGAUCGAGUUCCGGAUGGUAUUGCUCCCAUGUUAAAAGACUUGGAAGAUCAUAUAGUGAAUGCUGGACUGGCAGAUAUGAUAGCUGCUGCUGACAUUAUUACACAGGAUUCUGAGAAAUAUGUGGAGAGGUUGUUGGAAUUGUUCAAUCAGUUCAGCUUGCUAGUGAAAGAAGCUUUUAAUGAUGACCCAAGAUUUCUCACUGCCAGAGAUAAAGCCUACAAACAAGUUGUAAAUGACACACAAGUAUUUCGAUUAGAAUUGCCAAGUAGACAGAAUGCUGGUCUGAAAUCUCAACCUGAGUCUAAGUGUCCUGAAUUAUUAGCCAACUACUGUGAUAUGCUGUUAAGGAAAACUCCACUUAGUAAGAAACUCACCUCUGAUGAAAUAGAAAGCAAAUUGAGGAAUGUACUCUUAGUGCUAAAGUAUGUCCAGAAUAAAGAUGUUUUCAUGAGGUAUCAUAAAGCUCAUCUAACACGGAGGCUAAUUCUGGACACUUCAGCUGAUUCAGAAAAAGAAGAAAAUAUGGUAGAAUGGCUUAGAGAAGUUGGUAUGCCAGCAGAUUAUGUAAAUAAACUAGCUAGGAUGUUCCAAGAUAUUAAAGUCAGUGAAGAUCUGAACCAACAGUUCAAAGAGCAAUACAGAAGCACAAGAGGUAGCAUAGCAGAUUCAAUUAAUAUCAAGAUUUUGAAUGCGGGUGCUUGGGCUAGGGGUAGUGAACGGGUCACUGUUUCUCUUCCUCUGGAACUUGAAGAUUAUAUCCCAGAAGUUGAAGAUUUCUAUAAGAAAAAACACAGUGGCAGGAAACUGCAGUGGUACCAUCAUAUGUCUAAUGGCACGAUAACAUUUGCAAAUGCAGUAGGAAGAUUUGAUGUUGAUGUAACAACAUUCCAGAUGGCAGUACUCUUUGCAUGGAAUCAGCGCCCACUCGAUAGAAUUUCAUACGAGAAUUUAAGGUUAGCAACAGAACUACCUGAUCCAGAACUCAGAAGAACGUUAUGGUCUCUAGUAGCAUUUCCAAAACUAAAGAAACAAGUUCUUUUGUUUACUCCUGAAGUUCAGUCUCCAAAGGAUUUUGAUGAAAAUACAAUGUUCUGGGUAAACCAGGAGUUUGCAUUGGUCAAAAAUGGAAAGCUACAAAAACGUGGAAAAGUGAAUCUAGUGGGUAGAUUACAGUUAUCAACAGAGAGAAGCAAAGAGGAAGAUAAUGAAAGUAUUGUUCAGCUCAGGAUACUUAGAGUUCAGGAAGCAAUUAUCAAGAUACUCAAGAUGCGGAAACGAAUCACCAACGUUCAACUCCAAACAGAAUUGGUUGAUAUUCUCAAAAAUAUGUUUCUUCCUAGUAAGAAAAUGAUAAAAGAACAGAUAGAGUGGCUUAUUGAGCAUAAGUAUAUGAAACGGGAUGAAGAUGAUAUCAACACAUUCAUUUACAUGGCCUGAAACUAUCUUCUUGCCUUGUGCCUCUUAGAAAGUUACCAGGCCAAGUGCUUAUUGGCGGUUAAUUGACUGAUCAGAGUGAACAAAAUAAAGGCACUUUAUCAAAGUUGUGCUAUGUAUGCUUGAACAUUCAGCUCAUUUAACCGCAUCCACGAUGAUUAAUACAUUGUCGGCAACUAUUAUUGUUUAUGUAAGACUGAUCCACAAAUGAAACACAAUGAAGUUCAUAAUAAAAAUGUAUUACAAAUGCAAAAUGAAAUACUGGUAAUGUUCCAUUGUACUUUCCACCUAGCAAUACAUGCUUUGUUGUAUGUAUAUAACAUUUUAGAUUUUUUAUAUGUUCAAGAAGAGCAUGAAUUUGGUAAUAUGUAUAUUGUUUUCAACAUUGCUGCAAGUUGUUAAGUACAGUAGGAACUUCAUUUUGUCAUAUUUAAGGCACUUGGAGCCUGACACAAUUUGGUCCACAGAGAUAAUUUUGCAAGACCAAAUAUAAAUUGUUUGAAGUUUUUUCAGAAGUGCCAAGACAGUGAGCACCCAGUCUGUACCUAUGUUAAUAUGUAGUGAGGCCAGAGUAUACUUACAUUUGCACUCAUUAUGCAUAAUUAAAGGAAAAGGUAUAAAUUUCUUCAGCUCCAAAACAUAUAUUAAGGAUCAUAUUAAUUUUGUUUGUUAAUGUUUGGAUUAUUUUUACAAGUGAUAAAUGUAGUAGCAUCUCCAGCUUCUGAAUAUCACAAAUAUGUGACAAAUUAUGUGUAAAGGUCAGUCUGUUAAACUGCAGAUCACGUGGGAUAAAAGAAAAUGAAUUCAUGCUAAAUGUUUGAAAAAAAAGGCGAGUUAGAAAAUUUAUCAGAAUAUGUGCCUGCAGAUGUAUUAACUAAAGAUAACCAUUAAUAAAUUAUCCACACUAGCUUCUAGCAAAUCAUUCUCAGGUGGUUUGCUGUGUGAUGUUAAUUUGGCAUGUGUUCUCAAGGAGCUCUGUUUUAAUACAUUCUAACAAAUUGUGACUACUGUAAUAAAGUGUUUUCAAGAAAGACAGGUAAUGCAAAUUGAAUAAUACACAUCUCUUUGUCGAUAUGAAAUAUUGAGCUGUGUGAAAAUUUGAAGGUAUGUUUAGUCUGUUUUGUGUGUCUGAUUUUCUAUACUCAUUUUUAUGACUAAUGCAUAAGGCGUGUGGUUUGAAACAUUUAUAGUAAUGUACAAUCUGAUGCGGUUUGUCUGAAGGUUUAUGUCUACUGAACACCACCUCAGAACAUAUGAAAACUGUUCUUCCAAAUUUUUUGCUUUAAAUAAUUACCAUAUACCCCCAAAUUAAUCUAAAACUGGUAGAUUUUGGCGAGCAAAUAUGCAUCUGUUAGAAAGAAGUCAUUUUUUUUAGACAAGUCACAAUUGUAAGGCGUCAUGUUCUCAGCUGCUAGCAUUUCUAACAGUGUGAUUGUUAUGAAAGAGUCCAUUUCUGUGAAUAUAUUGUUAGUAAUUGAGAUCAUAUUUUUAUAACAUAUAAAACACUGAUGACCAAAAGAAAAUUAAUAACUUAAUUGGGCCAAACAUGUUUAUCAGAAAAUUGUCUUUACCUUCCAUAUGAGCUCAGAUCAGACCUUUUGUUUACAUGGGCCAUAUCUGCUGAAUAAAUCUUUAUUUCCAGUGGUAGUGAAAUUCCCAAAAGGAUUCUCACAGCUUUAAAGACUGCCCUGAAUAUUUGCUUGAGGUUUACCCGAAGGCCCAUUUGCAUUUUCUCAAAGUGAAAUUUGUUUAAUUAUUCUGCUAAACAUCUUCAUGUGAAUAAGUAUGAAGAUAAGAAUCAGAAACACAUUUGCCCAUUAUGUUGUGAAAUUUUCUGACUUUAGAUUUUUAUAAAGUCAUUGUUAAAAGUAAA